AACAACAACUUGACACACAGAUAUACACAUGGUUCUCAAACAAGGUGACAACCAACCAAAUCAAAACUUAUAUUUAGCCGAAAAACCUUCAAAUUCAUCGUAAUGUCCAUUUCAACAUUACAACAAUUUAAUCCAUCCCACAGAAAAUAACAAGAAAGCACUAUAUUUCUUUCACUCUGGAAAUCAAAUUAAAACUCUUCACCACCUCACAAGUCCCAACACUUCACACCUAAUUAAAUUCAUCACUAGCUAUCAACAACAAUAAUCCCACGUUAUGGCCACUCCGCCACUCAAGAACAACAAUGACAUUAUUGAAGAUGAAUCCUCCAUGGAUGAUGAUCAAGAAGAAAUAACAACACAGCUAGAUCUACCUUCAUCAACAAUGGACGACAAUAACAUCACAAUGCAGGAGGAGAUCAUGCAAAUUGGGAGGAGAAACAACAAGAGGUACAUACCUCUUUUAGUGAUCAAUUAUGUUUGCUUAUUUACUGGUUCAGUCGCAUCAAGCUUGCUUUCAAAAUACUAUUUCAACCACAAAGGUUCAAGCAGAUGGGUCUCAACAUGGGUACAAUCUUCUGGGUUCCCACUUCUUUUGAUCCCAAUCACCCUCCCUUAUUUUCUAAACCUCACAAAAAGAAAACCCUUUACCGAUUUCACCACAAAGAUGGUAGCUUUAUCAAUCUCAAUAGGGUUCAUGCUUGGAAUCAACAACCUCCUAUUCUCAUGGGGUAACUCCUUCUUACCCGUUUCAACCUCUUCACUGUUGCUUUCUUCCCAACUUGUCUUCAAUCUUGUACUCUCAAUCAUCAUUGUGAAGCAGAAACUCACAUUCUCCAACCUUAAUUGUGUUGUGCUAUUGACGUUGAGCUCUAUCCUAUUGGGCUUGGACUCUAGUCACGAGAAGAAUGGAACAAAAAUGGAAAGAGACAAGUACUUCAUUGGAUUCUUCUGCACAAUCGGUGCAGGUUUGUUGUUUGCACUUUACCUGCCUGUAAUGGAGCUUGUUUACAGAAGGGUCUAUUGUUACCAGAUGGUUAUGGAGAUGCAGCUCAUCAUGGAGCUUGCCGCCACUCUUCUUGCAUCAAUAGGAAUGUCCAUUGACGGUGGUUUCUCACACAUGAAGGUGGAAAGCGAGAGGGUGUUUGAGAAAGGAGGAAGAAUAUACUGGGUGACGGUUACCGGGAACAUGGUGACAUGGCAAAUGUGCUUCAUGGGAACAGCGGGGAUGAUAUACAUGACGUCCUCGCUCACGGGAGGGAUAUGCACGACGGCGUUGGUGUCCAUGAACGUUGUCGGUGGAGUGCUUGUCUUCAAAGAUUCCUUUAAUGCUGUCAAGGCUGUCUCCACUGCCAUUUGCAUCUGGGGCUUCUGCUCCUAUCUUUACGGCCUCUAUACCAACAACAGCCACCACCAUCACCGCUCAUCUUCUUCUUCCAUAGACAAGGACAAAGAGAACGAGAUGAUUCCUAUCGUCAACCCUUCUCUCGCUCAUUGAAUUUCAAGGACUUUUUUAUUUUU